GGUUGCCCCCCAGGACCAUGCUGAACGUGUUGCUUCUGUGCUGCGGGCUGCUGCAGGGGGUUGUCCUCAGUGCCAACCUGGGCUGUGGGCUGCCAGAGAAGGCGAGUGGAGGGCUGGAGGGCACAGACAGAACCCGCUCCUCCAGCCUGCUGCGGAGAGUCAAGGAGGUGUCUGUGGAGCCGGCGGGAGCUCUCCCUAGGCUGGGGCUCGAGCAGGUGACCCUGGAGGUCCAAGAAGCCAAUGGUAACCUCAUGCAGAGAGACAGCAUCCUAGAACCACAGGCAUCCUCCACAGAAGUAGAAGGUGCCGGCCGUGAGGAGCGCUCCCCCCGCCGCUGUGUCCGCCUCCUGGAGUCGUGCCUGGGCCACCAGGUCCCUUGCUGUGACCCCUGUGCCACCUGCUACUGCCGCUUCUUCAAUGCCUUCUGCUACUGCAGGAAAAUCAGCACCAGCUUCCCCUGUGGCAAGAACUAGUGCUUGUGCUGUGGGACUGACUGCUCCUUGCCCAUGUGUGGCACAUCCUGCUUUGCAGGUCUAAUAAACCACCUGU